AUGUCGGAGCGCAAAGUCCUUCAGAAAUACUACCCUUGGGACUUUGAUCCGCGCGACAUCGCGCGCCGCUCUGGCUCCAAGUCGGGCAGCACCGGGCCGCGCAUCCAGGCGGUGCGGCUCAUGGCCCCCUUCAGCAUGAAGUGCACGACGUGCGGCGAAUUCAUCUACAAGGGGCGCAAGUUCAACGCGCGCAAGGAAACGAACCUGGAGCAAAAGUACCUCGGCAAGAUCCAGAUCUUCUUCCUGUACAUCAAGUGCACGCGGUGCAGCGCCGAGAUUGUCUUCCGCACCGACCCCAAGAACAAGGACUACGCCAUGGUCAAGGGAGCCGUGCGCAACAUGGAGCCGUGGCGGAACCGCGUGGCCGAGGAGGAGACGGUGGACGAGAGGCUGGACCGGCUGGAGCAGGAGGAGGCGGAGGCCGCGGGGGAGGAGGAGCGCAACGCCAUGGCGGACCUGGAGGCCAAGAACGCCGACGCGCGGCGGGAGAUGGCGGCGGCGGACAUGCUGGACGAGAUCAGGCAGAGGAACGCGAGGAUACACAGGUCGGAAAAGGAGGAGACGGAUUACGCUCACACCAUCGUCCGCGCCGAGGACGAGGAGCGCGCACGGCAGGAACGGGAGGACGAGGAGGCGGCCAAGAGAGCCUUUGCGGAGGCCAGGGCGGGGGCGGAUCAUCAUGUCGGGGCCCACGCCGUGCCUGACGCUGGGAGCGAGAAGGGGGCAUGGCCGUCCGCUUCGGAGCCUGCGGCGGAUGGAAGCAGGACGCUGCCACCUGUUCCGUCGUUCAAGAGGGUGGUGAAGAAGAAGAAGGACCAUUCUGCUUUGCUGGGCAUCAAGAAGAAGCCGUCGUUGGUGUAG